AUUAUUUUCAACGUGACGACGGAGGAAGUGAACGCAUCAGCUAACACUUUGCUCUAAACAACAGACACAUUACAUAAGAGACAUCAUCUUUCAGCCUCAUGGAUUCUCCGAGGCACACUAAAAAUGCCAACCUGACCCGAGAGCCAAAGAACAACCAGAAGCAGCCAUCCGCUCCUCGCCAGAAAGAUGCCUAUGCCCGGCUUCUGAGCCAGCACAGCAGCAGCAAGUUCAGUCAGUAUCUUGAGCAAUAUGCGAGGGAAACAUCUUUUCAGAGAGAAGGAAUAGGGCUGAACACACAAGCCCAGAGUGACAGGCUGAAUAUACCACAGCGAAAGAGGGACCAAGCACCAUGCGAUUUCUCAGAUUCAAGUGACUUCUCCCCCUCAUCCAUAAAAAGUAAAGGGGAGGAAAGUUCACUGUCCUUGUACAUGGAAAAAUUGAGCACCCGCAGUGCUUUGCAGGACUGUGAGAGGAAGCAGGGUGUGUCUGACAGACAGCAACGGGGACAGAGAAGAGACACCGCCACAAGUCAAGAUGGAGACAUCGAAUCUGGCGAGGAACUCAUCUCUUUGAAACCCAAUGACUUGAAAAAACAGCAGAAGCAGCAGAAGAAAAGUAAAGGCUCUAGGGAGACUGACUCGUUUGUCGGACCCCCACAGUCCCCAAUGACAGCAAGUGCAAGUGGACAGGAGCAAGAGAAGACGACAAAGUCAAAGAAAAAAAAUCCGCCAAAGCACCAAGAAGAGAAUAAAGACAGAGAAGGGGCGUCAAAAUCUGAGGUUGACCCUCAGAUGACAAGGCCAAAGUCCCCUCAUGGCAGAGACAAAAAAACACAGCAAACCAGAGCUCCUAGUGCCAAUUCCCCUGCCGACAAGAGUAAGAACAAAGGAGGGAGAGGAUCAAAGAAACAAGUGUUUGAGCCCUACAUGACGCUCGAGGAGGUUUCCCAUGGCCUUAAAAGAGGAGAGCUCAUUCAGGGUCAGUUAAGAAUCAACCCGAAGAAAUUCCAUGAAGCUUUCAUCCCGUCUCCCGAUGACACCCGGGAUAUAUUCCUCGAUGGGAUUGUAGUCCGUAACAGAGCACUGAAUGGAGACAUGGUGGCGGUGCAAAUCCUCCCUCGAGAGCAGUGGAAGGUUGUGAGGUCAGACACUGACUGUGAUGGCACCAGUGAGUCAGAGACCCAAAGAGACAACACAGUGCAGAAGAAAAGCGCACAACGCACCCCCAGGCCUGAUGUAGACCAGGGCAGCGACCGAGAGGAACUUAUCAGAAGAGUUCGGAACACCACUCUCACUGACACAGGAGAACCUCUGGAAGACCCCCCAACCCAAAGAUCCAACGGGGAAAUUCUCCAAAAGACGGCUAAAGUGGUGUACAUUGUUGAAAAGAAACACUCCAGAGCUGUGACAGGCUUCCUCAAAUUCCUGCCAGAUAAACCUUUUGCCAUGUUCUCCCCUGUCGACCACCGGGUGCCCCGGAUUAACAUCCCCCUCACCGACUGUCCUGAAAACUUUAGUACCCGCCCAGGCGACUAUACAAACACCCUGUUCAUAUGUCGGAUCACCAACUGGGUAGCAGACAGCAACUUCGCAGAAGGUCAACUCGCUAAGACGCUGGGUCAAGCUGGAGAGAUCGAGCCAGAGACGGAGGGCAUCCUGACGGAGUACGAUGUGGAUUGUUCUGAGUUCUCAGAUGAUGUGUUGAACUGCCUGCCCAAAAACCUGCCCUGGACGAUCCCACCUGAGGAGAUGAGGAACAGGAAAGAUCUGAGGACGGAGUGUAUCUUUACUAUCGACCCUGCGACAGCCAGAGACCUGGACGAUGCUCUGUCCUGUAAACAACUCCCUGACGGUAACUUUGAGCUGGGAGUCCACAUUGCUGAUGUGAGUUAUUUUGUGGAGGAGGGCAAUGCUCUGGAUAACAUCGCCAGCCAAAGAGCAACAAGUGUCUACCUGGUUCAAAAGGUGAUCCCCAUGUUGCCCAGGCUGCUGUGUGAGGAGCUGUGCAGUCUGAAUCCUCUCACUGACAGACUCACGUUCUCUGUCAUUUGGAAAAUCACGCCAGAGGGAAAGAUCCUCAGCGAGUGGUUUGGCCGCUCAGUCAUUCGCUCAUGUGUGAAGUUGAGUUAUGACCACGCUCAGAGCAUGAUCGAAGCGCCUGAGAAGAUGUUCUCUGCUGAGGAGCUGCCUCCGGUGGACCCUGAGCACCCCAUUGAUGAGAUCCAUCAGGCUGUGCUCAACCUGCACUCCAUCGCCAAGAACCUCCGAGCUCAGCGCUUCUCAGGGGGGGCUCUUAGACUGGAUCAGUUGAAACUGUCAUUCACCCUGGACAAAGAGACCAUGAUGCCUCAAGGCUGCUAUGUUUACCAGUACAAAGACAGCAACAAGUUGGUGGAGGAGUUCAUGUUACUGGCCAACAUUGCCACAGCCAACCACAUCUACCACAAGUUUCCCCAGCUGGCCAUGCUCAGACGACACCCUCCACCCAAAGCAAAGAUGGUGGAUGAGCUGCAAGAGCUCUGUGACCAGCUGGGCAUCAGCAUUGAUCUGUCCUCUGCAGGAGCGCUCCAUAAGAGUAUCAACACGACUCUUGGUGACGAUGAGUACACGGCGGCCAGAAAGGAAGUCCUCACUCACAUGUGCUCCAGACCCAUGCAGAUGGCGUUGUACUUCUGUUCGGGUGGACUGAAAGACGAGAAGUUAUUUAAACACUACGCCCUCAAUGUUCCUCUCUACACUCAUUUCACAUCACCCAUCAGACGCUUUGCUGACAUCGUCGUUCAUCGGCUUCUGGCUUCGUCUCUGAAGUGUGGACCUCAUUUGGGGCUGUCGACAGAAGAAGUCCAAAAACAGGCAUCCCAAUGUAAUGACAAGAAAACAAUGUCAAAGAGAGUCCAGGAGCUCAGCUCGGAGCUUUUCUUUGGAGUGUUUGUGAAGGACUGUGGUCCUCUGGACUCUGAGGCCAUGGUGAUGGGGGUGCUGGAUCAGUCCUUUGAUGUUCUUGUUCUCCGAUACGGAGUUCAGAAACGCAUCUACUGCAAGUCUAUUGCGGGCCUGGACUCAUUCCACCAUCGUAAGGUGGGGAAGAAAUCUGAGCUGACUCUGGUGUGGACAUCAGAGGACCCAGAGAAACCUCCUGAGGAGCAGGUCAUUUCAAUCUUUACAUUAGUGGAGGUGCAGCUCAAAGCAGACGAGGCUCCGAUGAAGUACAGCGCUGAGCUGAAGAGGCCUGAGGAGACCAGCUCCUAAACACUUCAAUGUGCCAAACCGUACACAAACACCGUUACGGACAUUUUGGAUUGCACUCUUUGAUAAGCUGUCCUGUAGAAAUGACUUUAGAGCCAGUAUUACUGUGGUGAGCUGGGAAAUCACUUGAAUGCCUGUUGCAGUGUUUACUUACUACAUUAUGGUCAUAACUGCUGCCAACAUCAAACUUUUACAAAUAGUUUCAAAGUUUCUGUAAAAGGGACGUAAGGCUGCUCUUUGCUGUCAUUCACUUGUGAUAGAUGGAAAUCAAAGUUUAGAGACAUGCAUCAUUUUAUGCCUCAACAUCACAAGUUGAGGCAUAAAAGGAAAGACAAAUUUUAUUCCUCAAAAAUUAAUGAGAAAUAAUGACGUAAAAAAAAGGUCAACUUUUAUCUGUAUAUGCUUUAAAUCACAGGUCAAGUGAUUUAAAGCAUAUCCAAAUAAAUGUUGACCUUUUUGUGUGUUUCAACAUUUAAAUACUACUAGCUCUAGCUAAGCUUCUAUUGUCUCAGCAAAGGGGCAUGACUUAAGUUGAUUUUCAAAGUAAAAGACUCUGGUCUAACAGUGAGGCAGCACAUAAAUGUUGACUCUGCUGUAGUAGACUUCUUCAACUAGUGAGGAUUGUUUAAGUGUGACAAAUGUUGUACUACGUCUAUUGUUUAAACUGACUUUUAACACGUUUACUUUUAGAUUGAUUACUUUUUUCUGAUUCAAGAAUGUGUAGAGAUCCAUAUUUGUGUUUGCAAAGCAAUAGUGAGAGAGUAAACCGCAGUACUGAAGUUUAUUUAUGUGUAGCCAUCAUAUACGAUUUAGAGAAACUGAGGCUACAUAGAUAGUUGCAUUAGAUGCAGGGCAAAACAACAUUUAGAUUGAAACGAAAUAAACAGCCAGGUCAGCCAUAAGUUAUUUUACUGCUCUCUGUAUUUAUAUACUUUUAUUGUAGAAAGAGUUUCAGAGUCUUCAGACUCAUAAAAGGAGGAGACUCUUAAUGUCACGGUGAUGAAGUACAACUCGGAGGACUUUUUGUCAUUUAAUUUAAAUAGUUAAAAAGUGGCUCUCAUAGAUAUAAAACAGUGUUGUAGUCUAAUCUGAGGUACAUGUUCUGUUUUUAGAGUGCCUAUCAGGACUCCUCUUAUUAAUAUAUAUCAACUCAUUGUUACUGUUUUUAAUGCAAAACAUGGGAAUGACUUGAAUGUGAUUUGCUGCUGAAAUAGUUGGUGGCCUUGGAUCUUAAUGCGUUUUAUUUUUGUUCAUCUUAGAAGUGCUUCCAACUCUUGUUUGUGUGGGUUUUUUUAAUGCUCAGACCUGAUUUGUGCAGCACAAAUACUUUAUGGACCUCACUAAUAUCAACUGUGAAUUCAGCCUUAAUUUAGUCGAGUGACGAUAAAAGCUAAAUAUCAGUGCUGCUGCACAUUUAAACUGAUUUGUCCUGUUUUUUUGGUUUGACUGAGUCGGAGUGCCUUUCUUUUUCUUACUCUCACAUUUUAGUUUAAAGGUUUUAUAUAAAGUCAUAGGCUACAGAUUAGCGGCUCAGUCUUCAAAAAUAUUUUUCUGUUAUAUUUGGAUAUAAAAUCUAUUUCAGAGGUGUUUGUUGAAAUCUUCAAGACAACUAGCUUAAGUUUGGAGGUUAUUUUGAUUUCCAGGGACUGACGGCAUGCCAUGAGCUGUAAUUUAAACCAAUAGGUGAAUUGCUUUGCAGAACUAUUAUGCUGACUUUGUAGGAGGUGGCUCUGCUUUCUAUGUAUGUCUCCUAUUUAAAACCCUUAAUACUAAAUUCAACUUUAUAGUCACUGUUGUUGUUUUUGUUUUCCGAAGUUAUACUGUGACAUGUAACGUCAAAGUGCAGUUGUUCUCUGCUUCACAACAUACUGAGAAGUAGACGACUGUCUAUGUCUGUAGGAAAAUAAACACAUGAAAUCCAUGAA